AUGUAUCUAGAAGCUGCCAACAACAACAAGGCCUCGACAGCCUUCAAGUUUCUUCUGUCUUCACGUGAGAAAAAUGGUUUGCCGUCCAGGGUCAGAGGUGAUCAAGGUGUGGAGAACCUAGAUAUUGCACAGCUCAUGUUUACUGUGCAAGGAACUGAUAGAGGAAGUUUCAUCUCUGGUAGGAGUGUCCACAAUCAGAGGAUUGAGAGAUUGUGGCGAGAUGUAUGGAUGGCUGUAACAAAAAACUAUUAUGAGGUCCUGCACAGUCUGGAAGAGGAUGGGCUACUAGACAUCUCAAAUACAUUGCACAUCUUCCUGGUGCACUUCGUUUUCCUUCCCCGGCUUGACAGAGACCUCCAAACUUUUACCGAGGGUUGGAACAAUCACCCUCUACGCACAGAGGGUAACAUGACACCCCAGCAGUUGUGGGACUUAGGACUGCUGCACAACAGAACAAAUGGGGAUGUAAAUGAACAUCCAGACCUCAACAUAGAUUGGGAGAGUGCUUUACACCAUGUUGAGACUGAUCAGCAAACCGGACUGGUUGUUCCGGAAUUCCCCUCUCCUCUAAAUGACCAUGAAAUGAUAGAGCUUCAAGCCAUUGUGGAUCCCACAGCCCCUUCUGACUCCUAUGGUCGAGACAUAUUCUGUCGCUGUAUUCAGAUCUUCCAGUAAAU